AUGAUCAGGGCCAUCCUGCUGUCCGCGUUGGUGGCUGGAGCUCUCAGCUGUGGGCUCCCCACGUACGUGCCCAACCUCUCCAGGGUGGUUGGAGGUGAAAAUGUGAGGCCCAACAGCUGGCCCUGGCAGGUCUCCCUGCAGUACAACAACAAUGGCCAGUGGCGUCACACCUGCGGAGGGUCCCUGGUGGCCACCAACUGGGUCAUGACCGCUGCCCACUGCAUCAGCUCCUCCCGGACCUACCGUGUGGUGCUGGGCCGCCACAGCCUCUCCUCCAACGAGGCCGGCUCCCAGGCCAUCAGUGUCUCCAAGCUCGUGGUGCAUGAGAAGUGGAACCCCAGCCUGCUCUCCCAAGGCAACGACAUCGCCAUGCUCAAGCUGGCCAGCCCUGUCGCCCUUUCUGACAAGAUCCAGCUGGCCUGCCUCCCAGCCGCCGGCUCCAUUCUGCCCAACAACUUCGCCUGCUACGUCACUGGCUGGGGAAGACUGCAGACCAACGGGGCUUCUCCUGACAUCCUGCAGCAGGGCAAGCUGCUGGUCGUGGACUACGCCACCUGCUCCAGCCCUGGCUGGUGGGGCAGCACCGUGAAGACCAACAUGGUCUGUGCUGGGGGUGACGGCGUGAUCUCCAGCUGCAACGGGGACUCCGGAGGACCUCUGAACUGCCAGUCGGCUAACGGCAAGUGGGAAGUGCACGGCGUGGUCAGCUUCGGGUCCUCCCUGGGCUGCAACUACUACCACAAGCCCUCCGUCUUCACCCGCGUGUCCGACUACAUCAGCUGGAUCAACUCGGUGGUUCCCCGGGACACAGAACUUUCCGUCUUAGAUGGGACAGUGCAGGCAGGUGGAGUUGACUUGGCCCCACUCCUGUUGUCCCCGGAGAGCUUUCUACUGUAA